AAAUAGAGGGAGGUCAGAGGGAUAGCCUCAUCAUUUGCGACAACACUUGUUGACUUGCUGAAGGAGGACAGGAAAGAGAGAACGUGCUAAAUUUAAGAUUGGAUUUCAAAAUGGCACAUCUCACAAGCCUUCUCGGCAUCUUGUGCCUGGUCGGGUCCGUCAUCGGCCAGGACAUGCCUUACGAGGAAUACAUGGCCCAGAUCCAAGCCUGCCCUAAAGAAUGUCACUGCCCCCGAAACUUUCCACGUGCUGUCUACUGUGACAACAAAGGCCUGAAGACCAUCCCCCAAAUCCCACCACACACAUGGUAUCUCUACUUGCAGAACAAUUUAAUAGAAGUGCUGUCAGCUGACACCCUGCGUAAUGCCACACAACUGCGCUGGCUGACCCUAAACCGCAACAAAAUCACAAGUGAAGGAGUGGAAGAUGGUGUCCUGAAUGCAAUGUCUCACCUGGUGCACCUGUACAUGGAUGACAACCUCUUGUCUUCAGUGCCAUCGCCCCUGCCAGCCAGUCUGGAGCAUCUACGUCUCUCUCGCAACCGCAUCUCCAAGAUCCCCGCUGGUGUCUUCAUUGGUCUGGAUAAGCUGAGCCUCCUGGACCUCCAGGGCAACAAGUUGAUGGAUGACGCUGUGACGGAGGUGAGCCUGAAGGGUCUAAACAACCUGGUACAGAUCAACCUAGCCAAGAACCAGCUGACGAGCAUGCCUCUUGGCCUACCACCCACCACCACUCAGCUUUUUCUUGAUGGCAACAACAUUGAGAAGAUCCCAGCCGGCUACUUUAAAGGAUUGCCCAAGGUGGCAUUCCUGAGGCUCAACCACAACAAACUUGGAAGCAGCGGAGUUCCCAACGAUGUGUUUAAUGUCUCCAGCAUUUUGGAUUUGCAGCUGUCCCACAACCAGCUGACUGAGGUGCCCGUCAUUUCCUCAGGUCUUGAACACCUUCUCCUCGAUCACAACAAGAUCAAAAGCUUAAGCGGCUCCAAUAUCUGCCCUGUCUCCAUUGACACUGUUGACGACUCUAUCAAUGAAAGUGUUCCUCGAUUGCGCUACCUCCGGCUGGAUGGCAACGAGAUUAAACCACCAAUUUCGAGGGAUGUCAUCCUCUGCUUCCGUCUCCUGACGUCCAUUGUCAUCUAAGAAAAUGAAACUCAUCUACAUGUCAUUGGCUAAUUAUUAUUUCCCACAAUCAAAGAUUUGGCAAUUUGGAUGCUGGUCUAAAGUAAUUGGACUUGUGACACAGGUCAAACUUGCAUGUUUGUGAAAUAUUUUUACACUAGUUGGCAUCAACUGACUUUAUUAUUGUGUCUUGGGGAAAAGUUCAUUAUCAGUUCCAGAGAACAUGAAGAUUUCAGUUCAGUUCAAGUAGAAUUCAAAGGUAACAACAAAGUCUUGAAGGAACCUUCGAGUUAGACACUGAACGGAGGCGGCUGUUGCCCACUAGUUGUGCCUUAUGUUGUUGUAAACAUCCGCAUUCAGAAUUAUGAACCCAAAUCUCUUACAACAUAGCAUGACAGUGAUGGGGCGAAUUAUGUACUUACGUUUGUGUGUUCUUAUAACCUUAGAAAUGUAUUCUGUUCGACAAUUAUGCAUAUGUACUGUAGGUAAUUUAUUUUUAUUUAAUAUUGUUUGAGAAAAAUUGUCCAAAAAAUGCAAAACAUUUUAGAGUCCUGUCUAUAUUCAUGGCAAAUAUUCCUUAAUGUUUUGUAUGCAAACGAAUGCCAACACUACUUUUUAAUUCUGGUCAUCAUUGAAUAACCAGAAUUAGAUGAGCAAGAGAUUCAGUUUUAAUUAUCUUAAUUUGAAUAAAAUUUCCAAAAAUGUGAUCUUGUUCUUUUUUUUUUUACAUCUCAAGUACUUUCACCAAAAUGUAAAUUAUUUGAAAUACUAGAAAUACUGUUGACCAUUGGGGUUUUUUAGCCACGUUUCUAAGAUGUAUUUUUUCCAUUCAUAAAAAUUUUCUAUGAA